AAUGACUUUCUCUUCAGCCUGAGGAGAACCGAGAAGGUGGUGGAGUCCCCGGAGCUGGCCAGAGGCAACGCGUCCGAGAUCUCGGGGCCCAUCAUCCUGGACACCUACAGGGCGAUCGCUGACUUCACCAAGACGUCCAAACACGAGAUCAACCUGAACACCGGAGACCUGGUGGAGAUCGUAGAGAAGAACCAGAACGGCUGGUGGUUCUGCCAGGGGGAGUCCAAGCGCGGCUGGGUUCCUGCCACCUACCUGGAGCCUCUGGACGGACCCGACGAGGCCGAGGACGGCGAGCCGAACUAUGAAGGCGAGCUGCAUGUGGCCAUCCGAGCGUACCGGGCGGAGCAGGACGACGAGAUCUCGCUGGACCUCGGGGAGACCAUCGAGGUCAUUCACAAGCUGCUGGACGGCUGGUGGGUGGUCAGGAAGGGAGAGGAGACGGGCCACUUCCCCUCCAUGUUCCUGCAGGCUGCCGGUAAGAGAGAGAGACACGAGGCCGAGAGGACCACGCUGAACAAACCUCCACCACGCAGGUCCACCAUCCGAAACGCCAAAAGCAUCCACAACAAGACGAGCCGGCGGCCGAGCCAGGACUCGUACCGGCGCGCCAGCCGGCGCUACCUGCAGCAGAAGGGCAGCCGCCUGGCCGAGCCCGGCAGCAACGCCAAGAACACCAAGUCACCGCUGCAGGAGAAGAAGAACCACGAGAACAUCCCGGAGCACUCAGGCUCCAGCUCGGAGAGCGAGGCGAGGAAGGAGACUCCGGUCGUCCCACCGCGGCCGAGCGCCGAGUUAAUCCUGGAGCGCUGCAGCGAAAACACGUGCCAGAGAGUCAGCAUCCACCGGGCACACUCCGGCUCCGCCACGCCAGCUAGCACGCCAGCUAGCACGCCAGCUAGCACGCCAGCUAGCACGCCAGCUACGCACACGCUGGAGAACACAGAAUGAGGCCGCGAUCACACUCUGCGUCUUUUUAGACGAGAAGAAGUUCCUAUGAGGCUCUUUUGUAGUAAAACAAAUAUAGGAAAGAGAAGGUGUUUUGAUUCCAAAAAGCAGCCGAGAUCGUCUUUUGUUGCUAUAACGACAGCUGCAGUAUCCUUAGAGCGCUAUGUGGAGCUAAUGCUAACGCUAGCUAAGACAAAGAGAUGGAGCGACGGGAAACAGAUUCGCUUUUUCAAAGUUUUUGUCAUUUCACAAUAAUAUUUCUGUUCAUGUGUACAAGCUUCUAUCUGCUCUGUAGAGCUCUGUUUUAUUUAUUAGCUUCAUAAAUGUAAACAAUAAUAAAAGAGAACUUAAAUAUC